AUGGAGCUCAGUCAACUUCCUCUUGUGCUCUUGCUGAUUUCAAACAUCUACUCUCAACAUACUGAAGGAAGACCAAAACCCACAGUGACCAUCAAACCUGCUCAACAUGUAUUCAGAGGAGAGACAGUCACUCUCAGAUGUGACAUAUAUGCUGAAGGAGUCUCUAGCUGGCAGUACAGCUGGUAUAAAGACAGUUCAGGCAAUGCUUUCAGUGAUCAACAGGAACACACAUUCAGUUCUGUUACUGAGUCUGACGCAGGUAAAUACUUCUGUUAUGGAGGAGAGAGAGAAGGAUCACGAACAUCACGCCGCAGUGAUGAAGUUACACUGACAGUAUCAGGUGAGUUUGAUCAUCUCUUCACAUUCACACACAAGUUUAUCAUGUUAUUAAUGAGUGAUUUCUCAGCUUCAGAUCCCAGAGCAGUUUUAAGUGUUUCUCCACAGACGUGGUUGACUGAAGGAGAUCCAGUGACUCUGAUCUGUGAGGUUAUCAGCUCCUCUACAGGCUGGACAUUCAGCUGGUUCACUAAAACUGUCUUAUCAUACAACAGAUAUCGUUAUGAUCUGCUCUCAGACAGCAGCAGAGGAGCUGGAGGAAACUACACUGUCAGUUCUGCUGCUCUAAAUCACACAGGAGUUUAUGUGUGCAGAGCAGAGAGAGGAGAACCAGCCUAUAACACAACCAUCAGCAACACACAGUUAAUAUGGGUCACUGGUGUUUCUCCUCCAGUCUCUCUGAUCGUCAGACCCAACAGAACUCAACACUUCAGAUCUGUCUCUCUCUCUCUGAGCUGUGAGGACCAGAGUAACUCUACUGGAUGGACAGUGAGAAGAUACUCAGACAAAUAUGGGCUGGAAGAUUGUUCAGUGUGGGGAUCACAAACAGGAUCUUCAUGUACAAUCAGAUCCACCAUCACAGAGGACACUGGAGUGUACUGGUGUGAGUCUGAAUCUGGAGAGAAAUAUCAUCCUGUUAAUAUCACUGUACACCCUGAUGUGAUUCUGGAGAGUCCUGUUCAUCCUGUGACUGAAGGAGAAACUCUGACUCUACGCUGUUUAUAUCAAUUUACAACCCCACCAAACCUCAGAGCUGAUUUCUAUAAAGAUGGGUCACUCAUCCAGAAUCAAACUACAGAGAUGAUCAUCUCUACUGUCUCAAAGUCACACGAGGGUUUCUACUCCUGCAAACACCGAGAGAGAGGAGAGUCACCCAAGAGCUGGAUCUCAGUCACAGCUUCUGAUGGUCUUGGUCUCGAUCCUGUGAUAGUUGGAGUAACUGCUGGACUGAUCGUCAUAUUUUUGAUCAUUGUCUUCUUGGUCCUGCUGUGGCGCUACAGAAACAACAAAGGUUCAUCUUCUGCCAUAUUAAAAUUCAAAGACACUUUUGCAGACUCUGUUCCUAAACCUGUGACCAACAACAGCCUAAGCUGCUCAUCUGAUCUCAGCCGGUCAAAAACUUGUGGAGGAUCUCAGUCUCUCUCUCGUGUCAGUCAACAUCAGAACAGCAGUCAGACAUCAGAGCAGAACCAGAGUGAAGCGGGGAAUAAAACACUCAUGUCUGGAACUGCUCAUAUUUAUGACUCAGUUGAUGCAACAAUUAAUAAAGACAUAAGCACAGACAUUGUAAGUGGACCUACUGAACUCACCUAUGCUGAGAUUGAACUCAAAUCUACAGAGAAACAGAAGAAAAACAAAGAAAACAAAGGGAAAAGCAGUGAAAGUUCUGACACUGUUUACUCUAAACUGAACCUGGAGACCCAUCAAGCUGCUGGAUCUAGUGAUGUGACGUAUGCUCAGAUUAAAUAAAUGGCUGGAGGAGAAACUUUCAAUCCCAGGACACUGAUGAGUUUAGGCUGAGAAGUGCUGGAGAAUGACCAGGAUUAUCGAUGCUUUAUCAUCUUUGUGAUGCUGAACACUUGAUAGCAAUAGAUUUAUCAGUAUUUAAUGUCUGUGAUUAUCUUUUUAGCUCUGUUCUGUAUUCUUAAAGGUAUGACAUAUCAUUACGUGGGAGAGAAAGAUUGCUGACUGUAAAGCCUUUUUUACUGUUGUAAAAGUUUCAGUUCCUCUUUUGUUCUUCUUGAUCUUAAAUGUAUUUGUAGCAGGGGUUUUAUGGAAACAUCAGGGAAUUUUAAAAUUGUCAUGUUAUAAAUGUACACUGUUAGACAUUUCUGUAAUUUCCACAGUUAUUUACUGUAUAUCACCCAGUAUAAUGUAACCCUUCUACAGGCAAAUACACAGACACUAGGUUCGUAAGAGAUUCAAGUAAGAUCUUGUAACACAAUGAAAAGACAAAUUCUUUCUGACAAAUGUCAAUAUAACUUUAGUAGAAAGUAUUGUACAGAAUAACAAUAUAAUAUAGCCGGCAUACAAACCAAAUGAAAUAAUACCCCCUUUUUUUAAACAAAUGUUGGUGUGUGUGUUUAUCACUGUAUGUGUAUCAGAUGCAACCAGUUUGGCAAUCCACGUAGUCUUCCAAAAGGGUAAAACAACAAAAUGUUCUCCA